UCGUGGCACAUAACCUAAAAUGACUGAAGAAAUACCAAAAAGUAACAUUAAAACUCUUUACAAAUAUGAUACGGUUUAUUGUGCGGAUUCGGUGGAAUGGUGUCCGCACGAACCAUACCAAAAUUUAUUUGUUUGUGCCAAUUAUCAAUUACUAAACUCUGAAAUAAAAAACGAUUUGCCAAAAGAAAGGGUAGGAAGAAUAUUACUAUUCUCAAUAGGACACAAACAAGGAUUAAAAUUAGAACAAACUAUUGAGACUGCCGCAAUUUUGGAUCAGAAAUGGUGCCACUGUAUAGUCUCAGGACUUACCCUUUUGGGGGUUGUUAAUGCUAAGAACUCUAUAGAUAUUUACAAAUUAAAUAACUUGACAUUGGAACUGUUCACUAGUUUUAAACUCCACGAAGAAGUAACAGAAACAUUGGUUUUAUCUUUGGACUGGUCAACUGGCAAAUAUUCAAAUCAAGAACCUGACAUUAUUUGUACAACAUCAAAAGGUGAUGUUAUAAUAUUUAAAUUAACUGAUGGAGAAUUGGUAUUACAACAACUAAAUCACUCACAUGAUUAUGAAUCUUGGAUUGGUGCUUUUUAUUAUUGGGACCCCAAUAUCUUUUUUAGUGGUGGAGAUGAUUGUGUAUUCUUAAAAUAUGAUAAAAGAACAGGAACAGCCCCAAUAGCUAAAAACAGAAUACAUGAAGCAGGUGUAACAUCUAUGCAUUCAAAUAUUUCAAAAGAAUUUAUAUUUGCCACAGGAAGUUAUGAUGAAAAUGUUAGAUUAUGGGACAUAAGAAGUUUUAAGAAUCCUUUAAGUGCUGUUAAAAUGCCUGGACCUCUAUGGAGGUUAAAAUGGGAUAUUGUGAAUCAGUCUUAUUUGUUAAGUGCCUGCAUGUUGGGAGGAGUACAUGUUUUGAACGUUAGAACUAAUGAAAAGUUGGAUAUUUGCGAAAGUUACUACGAACACGGGAAUAUAGCUUAUGGAGCUGAUUGGUGUUAUGUAAAAAGUAAAGAUAUUAUGAACUGCGAUGACGAGAACAAAUAUGUUAUUGGUUCUUGUUCUUUUUAUGACCAUUUACUUUGUGUUUCUGAAAUUACAUUAAAAUUUUAACAUA